AUGGAGACGUCUUCUGCACAUGAGGUUACAAAAGGGGUCCAGCCGAGGGUCGGAUGGAUUGGACUCGGCUCAAUGGGCCAGGCCAUGGCUCUCAACCUGCAAAAGCACAUGAGCAAGACAGGCGCGCCGAAUAUCCGGUACUACAACCGCACGGUGUCCCGCGGCAUCCCACUGCAGGAAAUCGGCGGCGUCGGUGAUGCUGCCCUGGAAGAUACAGUGGAUGCCAUCAUACUCUCUGGGGAUACAACCUCGGAUCUCCGCGGGAAGAUCAUCGUGGACGCGUCCACCGUUCAUCCCGCCUCGUCGACCAGGGCCGCAUCACGACUGGCGGGAGCAGGCGUCGAGUUUGUUGCCGCUCCAGUCUCUGGAGCCAGCCCUGUCGCAGCGCAAGGCCGGCUACUCUGGAUUGCUGCCGGGUCCGCUGAUGCAGUCCGAGUUAUCAAGCCGUUCGUUGUCGGCGUGAUGGGGAGAGAUCUCAUCUAUCUGGGCAAGGAGGUGUACCUGUCCAGCCUGAUGAAAGCGGCAAGUAACUUCUUAACGGCGGGUAUGAUGGAACUCAUUGCCGAGGCCCACGUGUUUGCCGAGAAGACAGGCUUGGGUAGUAUGGCGUUGGAAGGCUUGCUACAGCAGGAGUACGGUGACCAGGCACAUGCCAUGUCGCGACGGCUGACCACUGGUGUUUACAUGCCGGCUUUGGGAGAGCGACCGUGGUCGGAUGUUAGUCUCGCAGUCAAGGACGUCAGGAUAGGUGUCGAAUGCGCGGUCAAGGCGGGUUCAAGGCUCGAGAUCGGCCAGCUGGCUCUCAGCCACCUCGAAGAGGCGAAGCGUUACUCCGAUGCAGUAGGCCGGCCGCUUGACUCCUCGUCCUUGUAUGGGGCCCUUCGACAACUGGCAGGCCUAUCGUUCGAGACGGACAGAGUGAAAGCUAGAGACGGGGGCGCUCAGGAACCGUGA